UAUUCAAUAUAUAUUUAUUAUUUCAUAAUAUGUUAUAAAUAUAUAAUAUAUAAAAUAAUUUAUAUAUAUAAUGUUCAUCCCGCUUAAGGCGCGGAUCUUAACCUAGUACGAUUUAUUUGUGUUUGCAUUUUACGAGAGGUAUAACUACUUUAACUCUUCAGUAAUAUUUAUACAUUGAUUGAUAUAUUAACAAUAACAAAAGGCUAAAUUCAAAAUUCAAGUUCUUUCUCUCCUCUUUUUAGAAAGAGUAAAAUUAUAUCAUGUUCUCUCAUCUCUAUCUUACACAGGAAAUGAAUUUUCAGAGGCUAGAGACUUUCUUUUGUUGUAAAAUAACUCUUCGAUUUUUAGAUCGAUUUUGUUCUUCUCAUUAAGUGAUUUUCUUUUCACGUUAGGCGAUUUCGUUUUUUUUGUUUGUUUUUGUUGUGUUUUUACUCCAUAUUUUUGAGCAGAAAUUCAUCUUGUAUUGUUAAUCUCGAAUAUGAGUUGAUUUAAACAAAAGUAUCCGAAUUUUAAUCGGAGAUCAGAGCUCUUCCCUUAUGUUUCAAUUGAACAGAUUUCGCUUGAUCUUAAGAAUUUUUUUUUGGGUUUGUUAAAAAGAUUGGAUCUUGGUUAUUAAGAAUCAAUCUUCGCUUUAGCUACGUGGAGUGUCAGUAAAGAUCAAGUCUCUGCGUUUUGGAUUAUGCUUAGGUGAUUUGGAGAAGAGUCGGAAGAAUUGGAGCUUCCUAUCGGCAUCGUUCUAACAAGGCUUUAUCUCGUUCACUCUAUAGCUAUUCCUUGAUCUUAACUCUAGCGACCGGAGGAGAUGUUCUAUCUGAUCGGCGGCGAGUGAAGGUUGGAGAGCAUGCAAGUAGAUUCAGGCGAAUCGACGUUGGAGAUUGACGGUUCAUUUGGAUAGCUUACCGGCGACCCUUCCUCUCACCUCGAUUAUGGAAACAACAAAGCCAAGCCACGGAGGCGGACACGUGGAUCACAUGCAUUCAUCAUUAUAUAUUUUUCAGUCUUCGUUUGGGCUUAAUUUGUUUUGCAUUUUAAUACAAUAAGUUGACAAAAAAUAAUAAUGGGAAAAUAGGCUUUAAAAUUUGUAAAAAAAUUAUGGGCUCUGCGUUUUAUGGGUAAUGCCCUCAUUACUGGCUAUGCACAAGAGAGUAGUAAGAAGGAAGAAAACUCAGAGCACCUUCAAUCAUCGAUUCUAAAUAGAACAUCUAAUCAUUUAAAUUAAUUAAUAAAAUAAUAAAAAAAUGAGAGAGAAGAAAGCAUGGCUCUAAUCUUAAAACUUUUUAGAACUUAAGAGCACAUCCAACAAUGAAAACUCCAAAGAGCUUCCAAAACAAAAAAAAACAUAUUAAUAUUUUAAUAAAUUAUAAUUAGAUAAUUAAAAGUUAUUUGUAAAACAAAAAUUCAACCAAUCUAUUGUUACAAGUGUCAUAUCAAAUUUUAAUUGGUGUUCUAAAAAAUUUAAACAUUAGAGCAGCAUUAACGCAGUAGCUUAUAGGAGGAGUGCUUAAUAAUUUUCGGACUAAAAAAAAAAUAAUGUAUUAAGCAAAGCGACGGUGCUUAAGUAAGCUGCACAAGAAACAUAUCUAAUGAGACACCUGUCAUUAGACGCGUCUUUCUCUCGCUCAACGAGUCAGCUUCUCUCUUUCUCUCCCUCGACGACUCUGCUUCUUUCCUUCUCUCCCUCGGCGACUCAGUGUUUCUCUAUUGAAACCUCAACGACUCUGCGUCGUUCUCGUGAAACCUCGAGGACUCCGGUUCUCUCUUUCUCCCUUGAUGACUUCCCGUUUCUCUCGUGAAACCUCAACGACUCCGCCUCGUUCUCGCAAAACCUCGAAGACUCCGCCUCUGUCUCGUGAUCUUCCCUUGACAAUGAAGCAGUCGGCGUCUCUCUCGGUGGACUCCUCGAGAAUCCUUCACUUUUUUGGGAUAAAGACAAAAUUGAGAAGAUUAUGAGAGCAUAUAUCAUACUCCAUAAUAUGAUAGUAGAAGACAAACGAGAUGGAUACACUCCAUUUGAUGUUUCCGAGUUCCAACAAGGAGAAGACAACGGAAAUUCACAUGUGGAUCUCACGUAUUCUACAAAUAUCCCUACAAAUAUCACCAAUAUGAUGGGUGUUCGAACUAUAAUUCAUGAUAGACAAAUACAUAAACAACUGAAAGCUGAUUUGAUUGAACAUGUAUGGCAUAAUUUUGGACGUGAUGAACACAACAAUUGAGCUCGGAUGUUUCUUUCAAAUUAUUCUCGAUUUUUUUUACUAAUCUUUGUUUUUAUGUUUUUAUUUUAAAAUCUAUGUUUUCAAUGUUAUCUUAAUGUUAUCUUUUAAUAUGUUUUAUAUAAUAAAUAAAUUUUAUCUUAAAUAAAACAAUGUUUAUUUUUUUUAAGAACUCCUAAAUAAUUAAGAUACUUGCAAUGGAGGACAAAAAUUUAGAGGUCUCUUAAAUAAAGUUCUUAACACACAUUUAUUACUAAGAAUGUGAUUAAAAGCUCCAUUAGAGAUGCUAGGGAUAAUCAUGUUCUUAGAGCAAUUCCAUUGCUGAAAUUUUAUGGGCUUUUAAUUAUUAAAAAAAAUCAAAAAACAUAAGAAAAUAGGAAAGAGAAUCAGAAGAGUUCUAAUUUAAAACUUUUUGGGAACUGUCUCAAAACUCUUUAUACCACUUGUCAUCAUAUAAAUAACUUUGGUAUUUAUUUCACAUUUAAAUUUAAUUAAUUAAACAAAAUUAAUUAAAAUAACAAUAUUUUUUUAUUAAGAACUUCUUUUUUAGAGUCCAACCGAUGACGCUGCUCUUAGAACUCCUCUUUAUUUUCUCUCUUCUUUUUUUAAAAAUACUCACUUUAGAACUUCUUUAAAACUUUUUGUUGGAGGUGCUCUAAGAGCAACCUCAUUGGUUCAAAUCUAUAUAUAAGUAUCUAAAUAUAUAUAUAUAAUUAUUAGUAUUUUAAUAAAUUAAAAUUAUCUAAUUAAAAUUUAUUAAACAUAACCAAUUAUACACUAGCACAUGGAAAUGUAGUUUCUAAAGUGUUAGUCAAAAUAUGUCUACACAUAUACUUUUCACUUUCUCUCUUAUUUUUCUUUUUUUUUAUAAAUUGUUGAGAUACUCUUAAAAUUAUAUCAACGAAGCUGCUCUAAUAAAAAUCUCAAACAAUUAUGUGGCAUUUGUCUAGUGGUUUAGUUAGUUUAGCAAAAGUCAAAAUGUUGUUGUAUAAUUAAUUUUUUUUUUUACUUUCAAGAAACUCAAAUGGGGUCCAUCUGUUAGAGUUGAUCUUAGGCCUUUUUAACAAAUACUUUGAAAAGGAAAUUAACUAGACAUUUAUAUUUUUUUUUUUGGGUAAAAUGUUAAUAUUAUACUAUUUUCAAUUUUUCACAUUGUUGCAAGCAACUUAUUACACAAGAAAGAAAUAGAAACAACAACACAAGAACAACAACAACCUUUAUAUAGGUUAAAUACUUAAUGCGUUUAGCGGUAUGCCAAAAUCAACAAAAAACUAGGUUAUAAACAUAACAAAAUCUGAUAACGUGGAUAUAUCCGCUUAAGCAGAUAUGAUAUUUCAAUAAUUUUAUCCUUGUUUGCUGAGAAAAGAAAAAUGUUUUUUUUUUCUUUGUCGGGGGUCCAUAUAUUCCAUCCAGCUAAGAACGAUGUACAAAAGAUUAGAACUGCGAACCACGUCAAACAAAUACGAUGGAGGACCACAGCCAAUACGGCUUAGCUAUGUGCACGUGUCUGACAUUCAUCGGCUUAGUUGCCCGCAUGUGGGCCGAAUCUAAAAGAGAGCACAAGACUCGUGUGUUCGAACUCUGAGUCCCUGACGCACGCAUUUGUACAGAGUUCUAACCAAAUCGGCAGACCCUUUCUGUUAUGUUUCAGCUCUCUCUCUCUCUCUCUCUCUCUCUCUCUCUCUCUCUCUCUCUCUCUCUCUCUCUCUCUCUCUCUCUCUCUCUCUCUCUCUCUCUCUCUCUCUCUCUCUCUCUCAUUAAUGUAGCCCUUAGAUCACUUUCAUAUCACGUCUACAUCGACGGCUGCCUGUAUCUUACACCAUUUACUCUAUUUCUCUAUACAGCUUAACUAAUAUAUAAACCCAAGUGAGAUUGUGCAAUAAAUAUCUAAGGUUUUAUUUAAGGUUUAGUAUGUGUAUUAUAAAGAUGAUCGAUCCACGUAUAUAUGUCCCUCUUUAGUUAACAAUUUUCGGUAAGCUUAUCAAAAAUUAACAUUCUUUAGUUAACGUAUUAAAUUAGGUUUUUAGUAUAUACAAUAUAGAAUCGAUAGCUGUCUUCAUUAAUUUAUCUUCUAGCAAAGUUGGCACAUAUAGAGAGCAAGAGAUUUUUACGAGAUAAUAUAUAGUAUUAUAUAUAGCUAUGCAUAUUUGUAUAUUCUCUUCUAAUUCGUGGAUGAUCACUAAUAUAGUAAUGAACUUGCUGCGUAUAGAUUUCGAUUUGUUCUAGAUAAUAUACAUGUAUAAUAUUUGUUAAAGUAGUAAAAUAUUACUCCGUGAAGUUUUGUUUUUCUGCUAAAUCAAAAGGUGUUAAAUUUUGUUUUAUUUGUAGUCGCAAUUUGACAAAGAACAAGGGAAAUAAGAAGAAUAUUAAAAUAGACGUAAGGAAGUGAAACUGCCUCGUGCAUUAUGAGAAGAAGGACGUGAGACAACUAAAUGUAAAAGAUAAGUGAGAGUCACCAAAGAGUCAUGCCAUCUCCAUGUCUUCGCAUUCCACUUUAUCAUUUAUCUUCAACUUUCUACAUUCUUGUCUUUAUUUGCUGAUUAAUUAUUAUUAUUAUUAUUUUUCUAAAAGUUAUUUUCUUUUUGUUCUGAUGAAAUCCUUUUAUUGUCUCUCUAAUGUAAACUCAAGCUAAUCAUUAGGAUACACAUGCAUGAUACCUAGUUAGUAUAUAUGAACUAGGAAUUGUUUAAUUUAAACAAAAAUACAAUGUUCUUUUGCGGUUAUACUUAGGCUAAACAUUAAACUUAUGCAAAUUAAAAGUCCAGAUUUUAGUAUAUGCAAAGGUGGAUCUCUACCAUCAACCAUAAAAUAUAUAAAAGAAUAUUUUAUUCAUGGGGAAAAAACAAUCAUAAGUUUGUUGAGUUUUUGUGCAUUACAUGGGGCCAAGUUUGUGGAAUCCUACUUAUCUAUUAAUUUAAUCAGUUAACUAGUACCACAUGCAUUUAUCUAUCAUAAGCACAAACAGACACAUAACAUAAAUAUUUCAACAUUGCGUAAAAUAUAUAAAAAUAGCUAUAUAUUAAAGAAAUUACAACAUGAUCAUUUGGUUAAGAGGGGAUCAAAUGCGCUUCAGCUAUUUCAUCUGGUUAAGAUCAGGGGAUCAAAUGCGCUUCAGCUAUUUCAUGUCUUGGGAGGCAUACUUACACAUACAUGUAAUUCUUACUUACAAAAAAAAAACAAAAAAAAAUCUGACUUACACAUUUUCUCAUAAUUAAUAACUACAUGCAAUUAAAUUACUUGACCCAAAAUCUCCUUUGAAUUUAGAUGAUGGUUAUAAACUUUGUAGAUAUGUGUGUUUGAUUACGAAAUGGGGUUCUGGUCAUUACAAAAAUAUCAACAAUCCAUUAAAUUAUUUGCCUAGAUCUUCUGUUCGUAUAUAUAUAUGCAUAACCAUAUUCAAUUUUUUAAGUUUUUUUUUGCCAAAAAUCAAGUAUUUAAGUUGAAAAAUGAAUGAUUUAAAUUUAUUUGCCUACAUCUCAUUGUUCAUAUAUAUAUAUGCAUAACCAUAUUCCUUUGUCCUCCUAUAUAAUCUACCCAUAUCUUCACUUAUUAUCAAAUUCACCAACCACAUCUUUCUCUCUUCUAACAAUCAACCCUAAUAAUUCCAAAAAUGGAAGCCACGAUCUUCAAGGGCAGAAGAACCUCAUCAUCAGCCCUAGCGAUGCACAAACAGUCAUACUCAAUAACCAAAUCAAAGCCAAAGAUACGUAUCAUUCACAUAUAUGCACCUGAGAUCAUCAAGACCGACGUUGCCAACUUCCGUGAGCUCGUGCAAAGCCUCACCGGCAAACCAGAAGACCAUGGCGUUUCCAAGACAAAGCCAAGAAGAGAUACUCAUCGUCUACAUCAUCGUCAGGUCCUAGACAUGACCAACGCGGAGAAACUAAGUGAAUCGGAACAUUAUGAUCAAGGGUUCUGCUUAAACUCAGAGAUGGAAGAGAUCUCGAUGACUUGGAACGGUAACAACGGUGUUGGUGAGAGCUCCGGAGGGUUCUUGAAUGGUAUGGGAGAUUUCGAAGGGUUUAUUCAAGAACUUGGUGAAUUUCCCUAUUUGCCCUUGACAUCCAUGGAUGUUUCUGCUUCUUCUAAUUCAUCUUCUUCCUCUCAUUUACAUGGUGGAUCAGUUUUCUCAGAUUCUCACAACCAGUUCGUGUGACUCUCUCUGUCUCUCAAACGAAGUACCUUUUCUUUUUAAGUGCUGUAAUUUAUUUUGUUUAUUAGGUUUUUGUGAAAAUAAAUUUAAUUUAUUA